AUGUGGUCGACAAACGGCCGGUUCCUGGUAGCGUUCGCGCUCAUUGCCUUCGCUGCCGUGGCCAUGGGCCUUGAGCUAAUCGACUUGAAGAGCCAACGUGGUCGGCCCAAGGCCCUCGCCGAAGCGCCUUUGCUCGACGGGAACCUGGCGCCCCGCCACCCCGAACCGGGCCCUUCGACGGGCCGCAUUGAAACCGUCGACCCGCAGGACCUGACGACGAGCCUGCAGGACGUGGUCGGCAGCCCGAGCUACACGCUGCCGCCAGUUGCAACAGGGUCGACGGUGCAUACCGGCGGCGUCGGAGGAUCGCAGUCUACCGCAGCCGCGCCGACGACGACGAGCGGCGUGCUGGGGCCGAACACGACGGGAAGUGUGCCGAGCGGUGGGAACGUAGUGCCCGACACGGCCAGCGCGAGCGGACGGAGCACCGGGACGCGGGCCGCGAGCGCGAGUGCAUCUGCUGCGGCUUCCGCUGGUGCAAGCACAAGUGCGACCACCGCCGUCAGCGUGACUGCGAGCACCAGCACCAGCUCGGAACAAAGUGCUAGCCAGGCCGAGCCAUCGCAAACACAGUCGCAAGGGGCCGCCGCAGCCGACAACGUCGCUGGCGUUGGUGGGGUGUUGGGUGUGGUAGCCUUGGGAAUUGGUUGGCUGCUGUAA